AUGCGCUUCACAGUCACACGCUUCACAGUCACGCACUUCACAGUCACGCGCUUCACAGUCACGCGCUUCAUAGUCACAUGCUUAUUCCAGGCUUCUCACCUCCCCUUCGCCCCAUCUCCCCUCCCCUCCUUACUUCGCCCCCUCGUUCCCGCCCCGUCAAUCCCUCCGCGUUCCCACUAUCACCUUCCCCAAUCGUCCCAUCCUCCCCUCUACGUCCCUCCCUCCUUCCCUCCGUCGCCCCCUUCCUCCUUCCCUUUCUCCCUUCCCGUUUCCCUCCCUGCUGCUCUUUUUCCAUCAUCUCUCAUAUCCCUUUUCCCCAUCCCCCCCCCUUCCCCACCUUCCCUUCCCUCCCUCCCCCGUCCUUUCCUCCGCCCUUCCCCUUCCCCUUCCCCUUCCCCCUCCAUGCGCAGCUGCCUGGCUGCAGCAAGCACAGGCCGCCACCUACAGCAUCCCUUGGUAUCUUGUCAGGACGAGAGGGGUGCGGCCUCCGGAUUUGGUCACUCGUGGCGAUACAAUCGGUAG